CCCCCGGCGUGUACUCGUUGCCAUACACAUAACGACGUGAAUAACGUAUGUUACGUCAACGUAACAUUGCUCCCCAGAUUCUCUGGGCGGAUUACUGGAAAUCCCAGGGUAGAAAAUUCUGCGACUUCUGCAAGUGCUGGAUUGCCGACAACAAACCGAGUAUUCAGUUUCACGAGGGUGGCAAGAAGCACAAGGAGAACGUCACCAAGAGGCUCAAGGAAAUCCAUAAGAACAGCGCAAAACAGGCGAAGCAGACCAGGAAAUUUGAGAAUGAUCUCAAAAACAUGGAGAACGCGGCGAUGGCAGCUUACCUCAAGGACGUCGAGGGUAACAUGGCAGAUCUGACAGCACAACAGAUUAUCCGAGAUAAGAGGGAUCGGACUGAAGCCCUCGCGGUGGAGGAUAACCCGAAUCAGAUGCCGGCGGCCUCUCCAGACACAAAUCCCCGUCACAAGAGGCCACAAGGGCUUCCAGCGGAUAUCGAUUACUGCGACCCGACGACAUUCCAUCGGGCCAGGGCUCAGGCGCGCACAUCGAAUCCUUCUUCGAGUGGUAAUUCAAGUGAGAACAAGACCCAGGGGAAGACGAAAACCAGCAGGGAGAAACGCAAAGGCAAGAGGGAGUCUGAGGGGGAUAAAUCCAACAGGCAUCUUGUUCCGAAACUUUGGUACGAGGCGCACAGUCCCGAAGGAUUCACCUACUACUGGCACACGGAGACCAAUGAAACCACGUGGGAGCCGCCUGAGGAGGGUUUCAUGACGAUUGGAGAGCAGGAGGAAGAGGCGAGAGAGCAGGCACUCCAGGAGGAGCUGUUGGGGCAAUUGAAGGAAGAGGAGACCAAAGCUAGGGCUGAGGUGAUUGAGGAACAGAGGGCGAACGCCGAACGAGAGCGGUUGAAGGAGCUGAGGAAACAACCGAGGAAGAGCGAGGACGAGGGGACAGAAGGUCCCACUGAAGAGAUCCCUUACAGGAGAGACUACAGUGUUCCUGAUAAAGUCGAUCCCUAUGGACCCUGGCAGACUGUCGAAGUCCUUCCGAAGAAAAAAAUUGACCUGCAGUUGCCGCAGAAGAGGGAGGUGUUCCAGGUGCCGAAGCCCCAGGAACCUGAGCCCUUCCUACCCCAGAGGACUUUCAAAGAAAAAAUUGUGACUCAAGUGAGAACUGGAGACAGCGACGACGAGAGCUCCGGUGUCUCUUUCAAAAAAAGAAAAUUUGGCAAUCGAAGUGUGCGAAAACGAUUGGAUGACGACUGAAUCUAUUAUAAUAUUAAAUAUAAAUUUCAAUUUUAUUCACAUGCCAUGUAAAAUUGUGGUAAUAAAACUGCAUUUACUCGGAGUUUUAUCCGAACAUUUUUA